GGCUGUUUUAUGUUCAUUUCGUCCAAAGGCAAAUGCCUUUGGACAUGAAGCAGUUGAGUAAGUACAAAUAUCUAAAGAAUGGUCACUUUUGACUUGCUAUUCAUCACUAUCUCCUUGCUUUUAUCAUGAAUGUCACAAUUAUUUAUACUUGUACCGGCUGAAUAGUCAUUGUCCAUACAACUAAUAGUCUUCAUUUCAUUGCUUGUGUCAGUGCACUCAAAAUUGUUGAACAUCUUGUCAAACAAUUUGUACACCCAUUUUGAAAACCCUAUUUUUAAGGAGUUUCCAUGAAAAUCUCCAUAAAUUACUUUUCUCAGGUGAACCUUAUCUCACACUAAUGAAAAUUGGUGUGUGUUACUCUUACUUGCAACCAAUGAAAAGCCUCUUCUACCCAGUCAUAGGUGAAUCGCGUUACAGUAUCCCCUACUCUACAAGUAUGUAUAUAAUGUAAAGCAACAGACAGGAUUGGCAUGAGGUGCAUACUGAAUCUACAAAACUGCAGAACAUGGAGCGUCAGCCUUGUGGAAGAGGGGUGAGGAUCGGUGGAGGACGAGGACAAAACCGGGACUGCCAGACAACCUAGAAGAGGUGGAAGAGGUCCACUUUUGACUCCGCAGCAAGAGGAAAGAAUUUGUGCAAUGGUGGCUGCAAACAACGCUUUGAGACUGAGAGAAAUACAAAGAACUGUCGUAGAAGAUGACACCAUCUUCGGAAAUAUUCAGUCAAUAUCAAUUUCCACCAUAGACAGAGUCCUCAGACGGAAUGAAAUGUCCAUGAAGCAAUUGUACAAAGUACCAUUUGAACGGAACAGUGAUCGAGUGAAGGAGCUCCGUCACCAGUAUGUACAGCGUAUCCUGGAAUUGGAGGCCAGGGAACCCCUGCACACAUUUGUAUAUCUUGAUGAAGCGGGAUUCAAUCUCGCAAAAGGCAGACGGCGUGGACGAAAUCACAUUGGAGAAAGAGCCACCAUUGAUGUCCCAGGCCAACGAGGAGGAAAUAUUACAAUGUAUGCAGCAAUCUCAGGAAAUGGCGUUCACACCCAUAUUCCUCGUAUUGGUGCAUACAAUACACAACACCUGUUGGCUUUUCUGGAUGCUCUUUAUAGGGACCUAAUCCCACAAAAUGAAAGGGAUGAUCCUGGUGACAAUCGGACAAUGUAUGUAGUGGUUUGGGAUAAUGUUAGCUUCCAUCACUCUGCUGUAGUCAGGCAGUGGUUUGCAGCACACGACAGGAUGCUUAUGGAGUUUCUUCCUCCUUACACUCCAUUCCUAAAUCCAAUUGAGGAGUUUUUCUCUUCCUGGAGGUGGAAGGUAUAUGACAGGCAUCCACAUACCCAAAUGACCCUGCUAGCAGCUAUGGAUGCAGCUUGUGAUGACAUCACAGCAGAGUCCUGCAGAGGGUGGAUUCGACACUCCAGAAGAUACUUUCCCCGAUGCAUCGAUAGAGCUGACAUUCGCUGUGAUGUUGAUGCAAAUAUGUGGGCAGACAGACGGGAGCGUCUAGAUAUCAAUGAUUGAUAUGCAGCAGUGUCUGUUUCUCAGUUUUUUUUGUUUUGUUUCAUAACUACUACAGUAAGGUUUACUGUCUAAGUGAGUUUAUGUUUGCUGUAAAAUGUUUGAUUUACUGUAUUUCCCCAGUUGCACAAUGCUGUGCACAGUUUCAAUUGAAUAUUAUCAGGAGUGCAUAUGAAGUGUCUUGAUUUUCCUUUACAAUUUAUGGUUUUCAACAUGCCAUGCAUGCUGUCCAGACUUGACAUGUCAUUGGGAAGCACCUACAAAGAAAUCCGUCACAAUAAGAACAUGUUCAAACCAUUUGAUUUUGUGACCAAAGGUGCUGGUGUAAUGACUUGUAAUUGUGACAGCCCUGACACUUUGAUAUAAGUACUUGCUUUUGAUGAAUAUAUUAUCUGUUUUGAUUAAGGGACUUGCUUUUGAAGCAUUGACUACUUAUUUUGAGCAACUGACUUGCUUUUGAACAACUGACUUUUCUUUUUGAUGAAGUGACUCACUUUUGCAAGUUAUCCACCAUGUUUUGCAGUUUGCACUAAUUGUUUUGUGAAGAGCCUUAGUAGUGGUGCAGAGAUCAAUUCUGUUGUGAGAAAUGCACCAAAGCAACUGAGAAAAACUG